UAUAUUAUUAGCCCUAUGCAAUAUCAAGCACUUUUGCAUUGGGCCUACCAUUUAAGCAUCUUCAUUUAUGUACAUAUAAAUAGAACAGCUCUGUCUACUGGACACAUUUUUUUGACACACUGCGUUGACUGCUUUGCACGCAGUGUCUAUUACAUCGCCUAUGCCUCAUAUUUCCGGGUGAAGGUAUAUAAGAGCGCGAGUGCCACUGAGGAGUUCACUGCAGUGAGCAGAUUUUUAUCUGAGCGAAUCCACUCUAGACUUAGACAUCACCCGAAGUUGAAAAUGGCAUUCGCUGGCAUUCUGAGUGAUGCUGACAUCUCUGCAGCCCUUGCUGCUUGCCAAGCUGCCGACUCCUUCAAGCACAAGGACUUCUUCGCAAAGGUUGGCCUGUCCGCCAAGAGCUCUGAUGACAUCAAGAAGGCAUUUGCUGUCAUUGACCAGGACAAGAGUGGCUUCAUUGAGGAGGAUGAGCUGAAGCUGUUCCUGCAGAACUUCUCCAGCAGUGCCAGAGCUCUGACCGACAAUGAGACCAAAACAUUUCUCAAAGCCGGAGACAGCGAUGGUGAUGGCAAGAUCGGAAUUGAUGAGUUUGCUUCCUUAGUCAAGCAGUAAAUCACCACCUGACCAACGUGCUACUUAACUACUCCAAAGGAGCAACUUGAGCCAAGGCAUGCUUCUCUUCUCCUCCUUCUCUCUCACUCUCUCUCUUCCAUCCUCCACAUCACUUUUAUACACUUGACCUUUUAACCCCGACCGGAACCAAACUGCCCCCUC